UAGCAUGCGGACUGCCAGGAAGCUGAAAGAAAGGGGGGUCCGGGGGUUCUCCCCCGGAACGUCUUACAUAUAACUCGGAUUAAGGUACUACACAGCAGAGUCCAAGACCAACACAGCGGAAUCACAAGUUAUAAAAAACAGAAAAAUAUCGUCAUUUUAAACUAAACACUGCAUCUGUACUGAGACACAACCUAUAUACGCCAACGAAGCAACAUCCAGUGUAUCUCGAUCCAUACCCACAAAAAUGUCACUUUUAUGCCCGCUCAAGCCACAACAAUUGACGGGGUCUGCAAUCGGUGCAACCAGGCACGUGGCAGCCGUUACCACCUCUCUUCAUUCACCAUCAUCAUCACCUUUCAGCCAGCACAGCACAGCCAGCCGACCCCCUAUACUCACCUGGAUCACCUCAACCACUUCCAGUCGUGCUGCGAUCGAAGAAUUUCGUUCGGUCGGGGCGGGAAAUGGUCGUCCCACCGAUCCGACUUAUUGUACAGGACGGGCAGGAGCCCCUGUUUGGCCUGCAGCUGGGUGUUCUGCCAGGCAUGCUCCGGGCGGGCGGCGAUGAGGCGGAUCUCCCUCAGUAUUUUCUCGAUCUGGGGCCCCUCGGUGUGGAGACAGAAGGCGGUGCGCGGAUCAUCCCACAACCCCAGAUCGAAGAUGAGGUCGCCGGGGCCCCGGACAAAGAAUUUCACCUGGCUGCCCUGGAUAAUGCCGCCAAAGCUCACCGGCGCCUGCGCCGCCUUGUAUCUGUGGCUGGGCCACUGCGACAGCAGGACGGGCCAGUCCACCCCCUUGAAGGAGCUGUCGGUGCGGAUCAGCGUCAAGUGCUGGCCCCCCCAGCCGGUGCGCACUGUCAUCACCCCAUACACCUGGCUCGUGUUGCCGCCGAAGGCCAUCGUGCCCCGUACCAUUGUCUGCUCCAGCCACGGCAUGAACCCCAGGUACGGCGGGAAGAUCUGCGUGAGCUUGUUCAUCCAGAGCGCUGCCAGCGAGGGUUGGUAGUGUCGGUAGGCCUGCGUGACGGGGUCGGCCCGCUCGGAGCGCAGUUUGUAGAUGUAUGUCUGGUCGGAUGCCAUGGAUGCGGAUUGUGGAAGGUUAAUCGGUGAGGAUGGGGUCGGUGCGUUGUGGGCGGGCUGUUUUGCUGCUGCUGAUGCGUUAUUAGCCUGCGAAGAGUUCUUAGCAAGGGUUCACCUUUUUUCUUUCUGUCUUCUCUGUCCAAAAAGCGGUGGGGUCAU